AUGGUGUGUAUUCCGUGUAUUGUCAUUCCAGUUCUGCUCUGGGUCUACAAAAAGUUCCUGGAGCCGUACAUAUACCCUCUAAUCUCCCCUUUUGUUAGCCGUAUAUGGCCUAAGAAAGCUGUACAAGAAUCCAGUGAUCCAAACAAAGGAAAAGGAGACUGUAAGGGUACAGACAUAAAUGGAUUACCAACACAAGGACCAACAGCAAUUUUGGAUAAAAAGAAAGAGUAA